CGCCUCUUUCCGCGUUAACCCGGAAGUAGAUUGCGCGCGGCGGGGGGCUCACCGGGGUGGCUCCAAUAUGGCGUGGAGGGGCUACUCCGUCCUGCUCAGACUCACCGUAGAAGAUGCUCUACGGAGCUCCGUGAGGGGAGGCAGGUGGCCUCUGACCUUCCAACAGCGCCGUGGUUUCAAGAAGGCCGCAAAGAAACCAGAACCAAAGAAUGUGGUGGAGGAUCCGGGUCCCAGCAGGACCUCGGAGCCCCACUGGGACCCUCAGCUGCAUGGCCCCCAACGGGCCCUCAGUCGCCUCAUCAGGCCCUUCGUCUUCACUGUGGGGUUUACAGGCUGCUCGUUCGCCUCGGCGGCCAUCUGGCAGUACGAAUCGCUCAAGUCCAGAGUCCAGAGCUACUUCGACGAGAUCCGAGCCGAUUGGUUGGACAAGCUGCGACCGCAGAAACGGGGGGAUGUCCGCAAAGAGAUCAACCAAUGGUGGAACAGUCUGAGUGAGGGGCAGCGGACAGUCACAGGAAUCAUUGCUGCUAACGCCGUUGUGUUCUGCUGUUGGAGAAUCCCGUCCCUGCAGCGCCACAUGAUCAGAUACUUCACGUCCAACCCCGCCUCCAAGACCCUGUGUUCUCCGAUGCUCCUCUCCACCUUCAGUCACUUCUCGUUUUUCCACAUGGCGGCGAACAUGUACGUCCUGUGGAGUUUCUCCAGUAGCGCUGUAUCCAUGUUGGGACGAGAGCAGUUCAUGGCUGUUUACCUGUCGGCAGGUGUGGUGUCCACGUUCUUCAGUUACCUGUGUAAAACCCUCAGUGGGAGGUUGGGUCCAUCUCUGGGAGCAUCCGGAGCCAUCAUGGCCGUCCUCGCCGCCGUCUGCACUAAAAUGCCUGAAGCCAAGUUGGCCAUCAUCUUCCUGCCCAUGUUCACCUUCACCGCCAGCAACGCGCUGAAGGCCAUCGUUGCCAUGGAUACGGCCGGUCUGGUGUUGGGGUGGAAGUUCUUUGACCACGCCGCUCAUUUAGGCGGAGCCAUGUUUGGGAUAUGGUACAUCCUGUUUGGUCACGAGCUCAUCUGGAAGAACCGCGAUCCGUUUGUCAAACUGUGGCACGACCUGAGGACCCGCGGCGGUCCGGGCGGCGGCGGGGAGCGAGGAGGCUCAGCGUAGGGAACGCUAGGACUGAUGGGAAAUAAGUGAUGUAUAAAAUGUACAGACUGUGCAUCGAUCAGGAAACAGGUGAUUUAACACAAACACCUGCGUCUCAGAUGAUUCUUGUCCAUAUUUAUUAUUAUGAGUCAGUUUUGUUCAUGUGUCGGGAACAAAAGAGAUUGACUGAAAAUAAAAGUUGAAUUACACAAAAGUGACGCGGUGGUGCAGUGGAUAGCACCGGCACCUCACAGCAAGAAGGUCCUGGGUUCGAUUCCAGCACCUGGGACCUUUGUGUGUGGAGUUUGCAUGUCCUCCCCAUGUCUGCGUGGGUUCUCUCCG